GGGUGACAGGGGGGAGGGGCAGGAGGAAGUGGUGGUAAUUAUGCUGGCAGGCCAGACAGUGGUGACUUCCAAGACCAAGUUGAUAAUGAUGAACUGAAGCGUGCUGGUAGGGACAGUGCCCUCGCAGAAACGGCCGCGUUUAUGAGGAACUUGAACAUUGGCAUCGGCUCAGAGAGUUCCAACACACCCCCUCAAGUUGAAGAAAGCACGAGUGCUGCCCGAAUGAGAGGAGUAAGCAGGAAGCGGCCAGGACGAGCAAGAAACGGAGGUUGGGGUCAGCAGAGGGAUUGCAUAGAAGAGAAGCAGGGGAAAGAAUGGAAAAACCGCCAAGUCAAGACAGAAUGUCAAGAUGAGCAGCAGCUUAGCAAAGCUACAAAACCAGUUAAGGAACGAAACGGUGCCAGUAACAAACAGUGGAGCAAUGUCAAUUCAGAAAGUAAAACUACAUCGGAAGUUACGCCCAUCAGUCGAAGCGAGGGCUUAAUAGAGCAAUUGUCACGAGGUCUUUACGAGUGCAUGGUAUGCUGCGAUCGCAUCAAGCAGCCGCAGGCGAUUUGGUCGUGCCCCGGUUGUUACAAUUGCUUCCAUCUUGGAUGCAUAAAAAAAUGGGCAAAGACUUCAGCUGGAGAUGGUGGAUGGCGAUGCCCUGCUUGUCAGGGAUUCACAGCCAAAGUCCCAAACACUUACCUGUGUUUCUGUGGGAAAGUGCGAGAGCCAGAAUGGAACCAUAGAGAGACUCCUCAUUCGUGUGGAGAAAUUUGUGGUCGAAAACGCAAGAUAGAGUGGUGUAAGCACAAGUGUAAUAUCCUCUGUCACCCAGGCCCAUGCCCCCCUUGUAGUGCUUUCAUCAGAAGGAGCUGUCCUUGUGGAACAGAAACAAGAGAAGUGCGAUGCAGCAUGACUGAAUCUUUCCUUUGCGGAAACCCAUGCAACAAGGAUUUAAACUGUGGCGGACACAAGUGCCCUACGAAAUGUCACGUUGGGCCAUGCCAAGAAUGUGCAGAAAUUGUUAAGCAGAGUUGUUAUUGUGGUAAGGAAGACAGAGAAGUCCCAUGUACAGCAGAAAGUUUUGAGAUUCUCAAGUACGAGUGUGGAAAAGAAUGCUCCCGCAUACUGGAGUGUGGAAAUCAUAAAUGUUCAUCCAAUUGUCAUGCAGGAGAUUGUCAGCGCUGUGAAAAGGCAAUAGAUGUUGUUCUACGAUGCCCUUGUGAUAAGGUUCCUUUAGAAAAGAUUUAUGAACGAGAUGGUGUUAUCCCAAGGAAGUCCUGCUCAGACCCUGUCCCCACUUGUGGUCAAAUUUGUAGUCGUAAAUUAAAAUGUGGUGUCCCUGGAUCUUACCACGAGUGCCAGGCCAUGUGCCAUGAAGGGCCUUGUCCACCUUGUCCUCUCUCUACCCCUGUCAAGUGUCGUUGUGGUUCCUUAGAUCAAGAAGUCAGUUGCAGCGAAUUAACAACGAAAGCCGAUGAAGUACGUUGUAAGAGGGCAUGCAAGAAGAUGCGAGAAUGUGGCCGUCACAAAUGCAGUACUAGGUGCUGUAUUGAUAUAGAUCAUAUAUGCACAUUAAUUUGUGGAAGGACACUGACUUGUGGUCUCCACAAAUGUGAGGACACCUGUCACCGUGGAAAUUGCCGCAGAUGUCAGGAGACAAGCUUCGAAGAGCUGACCUGUCACUGUGGGGCGCAAGUCACUUUCCCUCCUAUACCGUGUGGCACGAAGCCCCCCGAGUGCAACAAUCCAUGCAGCAGACCAAUGCCCUGUGGCCAUACCCCUACACAUAAUUGCCACCCUGAAGAUAAUUGCCCGCCUUGCACUAUUCUCGUAGAUAAACCCUGUUUUGGUAACCAUAAGACUAUGAAGAGCACCCCUUGUUACCUGAAAGCACUGUCUUGUGGAUCAGUUUGUAACAAGCCCUUAUCCUGUGGUCAGCAUAAUUGUCUGCUUGUGUGUCAUGAGCAACCUUGUGUGGCACCUGGAAGUUCUUGCCCACAGAAGUGCCUGAAAUCACGUGACUCCUGUGGUCAUCCUUGUGGUAGCGCGUGUCACACUGGACCAUGCCCAGAUGUGACUUGUAAGGAAAUGGUAAUCAUCACAUGUGGAUGUGGACAUCGUACGAGUAUGCUGAAGUGCUCUGAAAAUGAUCGUGAGUACCGAGCCAUGACAACAUCCCUCCUCGCCUCACAGAUGCGAAAUAUGAACAGUGGAUGUUCUGUAGACAUUUCGGAAAUAUUCACUGCAACGGCAAGACCAGACAAAUUGAAAAGGUUAACAUGCAAUGAGGACUGUAAAACACUAGAGCGAAACAGGCGCCUGGCUAUGGCUCUUCAGAUAGAGAAUCCUGAAACCAGAGAGACAUUAGGAAAUUCCAGUAAUCUGUAUUCAGAUUUUAUGAAGGAAGAAGCACGUAAGGAUCCCAGUCUAGCCAAGAUGGUUCAUGAUACCUUAACGGAGCUUGUCAUGAAGGCUAAGGAGUCAAAGCAGAAAAGCCGCAGUCACUCCUUUGCUCCAAUGAACAGAGAUAAACGCCGUUUCAUUCAUGAGUACUGCGAGCAUUUUGGCUGCCAGAGCCAGGCAUACGACGAAGAACCUAAGAAAAAUGUUGUUGCUACAGCAGUUAAGGGAACAUGUUACCUGCCUCCUAUAAGCGUACUGACACAGCUGCAGAGAGAACAAGGUCAGAAAAAAGUUCCUGGCCCAGUUUGGUCUCGGAAGGCAGUUACAUCUUAGCCUUGACGUAUCCAGGACCACCUUUAGCAUUGUGAUAAUCGCAGAAUUCGUGAUGAAACCAGCAGUGAAUUUUGCUACAUUAGUUAUGGUAGUUUAGCUUGUACGGUAUUCUGAUUAGGAGUGAAUGGGAAGUGUAUCAUUAUCAUUUAUAAAUAUUGUUGAAGUUAACAAAGAAAGGUAUUGUAUUUUGUCCAGGUUGACAUAUUUUUAAUAUCAAGUACCAGAAGUAUAAAAUGAGCACUUUGUGAUUUUGUUUUCCUAAGACGUACAGUGCACUGAAUGGAGAAUGCAUUUAAGUUAUGAUACUCUUGUUAAAUGCGAACUUGCUUUUAUCUAAAUGUUUAGAUAUGGUAAAUGACAGCUUUGUAUAUUGUAAGAAUGUUAUCCAUAACAUUGUUUAAUAUUUUGCUUAUAGAGUAAGAGGAAAUUUAGGUAUUGAUAUCCACAGUUGAAACUUACUUUUUUUUUUCUUUUUGUCGCUGAAACAAAUUGAUGCUAGGCUACGUCCAGAUCUUUGAAUUUUGUUCUGUGGAUUAAGGAACAAAAUUUAAAGGUAGGUAUCCUAAUUGGGGAUAAGUAGCCGUUAUGGGAAACAACUUUAGUAAAAAAAAAAAAAAAAAAAAAAAAUUACAGGGUUAUUGGUGGUUAGCUUACAUAUACUGUGGGCUUUUACAGUAUAAAUACAAAGAAUUGUUUCUUGACGAGGAUUGAUCAGUAUUUUAAUUGCCUCUCAAGUUUUCCGGGCUAAACGAGUUUCCUAGCCAUUACAAUAUUGUUCUUGUCAUGUUCAUACUUAUCUAUAUUGUCUUCAUAUAUGAGAGUGUAAUUUUGCAAUGGGAAAAAAUGUUACAGAGUCAUAUUUUGUACCUUGUAUCUCACUCUUUUUGCUGAAAGGUGCAAGAGUAUUACUGUACCUGUAAAAACUUAUUAAAGUUGUAUCCGUAUUGUAGCUUACCUUACAUUUGCAUACAAAUGCAAAUUAUAUUUUUACCCAUCUAUGAUCAUUGAUGAAUAUCUUCUGCCUAGAUGGUAUUAAUUUUAGAAAUAGUUUUGGGGACAUUCAUAUUAACUUUACCUCUAAGAAUUAAAAUUUCUGUACUCAACAAAAUUUGCUCAUCAGAGAUGUAAAGCCUGAGAGUUGGGGGUUAUGUUGUUUUUGUCAGCCAUUUUAUUUUGGGUUUUGUAUUGCUUGUAAUAAUCUGGUAAAACUUUAACUAUGUUAGCUAUAUUGUUUUUUAUUUCUGUGCUUCGUGUGUUCUAUUUUCCUCUUAUUCAGAGAUAGUAUGUCUCAUUGGAUUUUGAAGAUCGUUUUUCACAGUGAAAAUAAAGUAUUGUUUUUUUAAAGAA